AUGUCAAUCCAGACGCCAUUGGCCACAACAUACGGCGCCCGUCUAAGCGCAUACUUGACCACAUAUGAAGACUUAAAGAAGCACAGAAAGAGAUUGAAUAAGGCUUUGGUCAAGCUUCGUCACAAUCUCGACAUUGUCACAAAGGACACCAAGAAGUACAGUGAAAAGGAACAGACCAAGGGCAUUAGUUCCGCACAAUACGACGAGGAUGAAAGGAAUGGAUUGCUCUUGCUCUUAAUCGCUGAGCGUGAUUCCUUGUAUGCCUCUGAGAUCAAGUCAUUGCUUGAGAUCUCUGGUUCGAGACUAUCUUCCUACAAAAAGCUCAUGGUGUCCAGACUCAAGAGAACCGUCCAGACAAGCAAGAAGCUUCUUGAGGUAACUCAGAAUGAGAAGAACUCUGCUGUCAGAACAGAGCUCUACAUAUACGCAGCCUUGGCCCAAGGCUUAUACCUGGUUAACAAAAAGAGAUGGUCUGAGGCUCUCCAAGCUUUCUCCAUUGCCAGAUGUGGUCUUGAACUCAUAGCAUCUCAGAGUAGUGAAGAUGCUGAAGGCGAGAACUUCAACAGAACAUUGCUGGAGGAGUUGCUUGACACUUUAGUCGACCCAUCGUUGAACUUGGCAGUCUCCCAGAACGACCAACACGAGUCAUCUGCUGAUAUCAUUACUGUCGCUAGAAAACACUGCCACGAUAGUACUUUACCAUACUUGCAACCAGCAGUUGAGCUUAUAGCUUCCCAGGAUCCUCAGUUUGUCCAAGAGCCAGAGGAAGAGGAGCUUUCUAGAAAGGUGACCUGGAGAGAGCAUGAAGCUAACGUUUACAAUGAUGAAUUGGCAACCAAGAUUGCUCGUCUCAAUCGCGUUGACUGGAAAGAAUUUGCUGAGGCCAACGACUACGAUAGCUUGUUGCAGAAGUGGACUGCCCUUGUGGACCUCCACGAAUCUGACAUACUGAAGAACAAAGAUGAAGACGAUCUUGACAAGGUUCAAGAUGGCGCUAUUGUUUUGACAUACCUCAAGUAUAAUGUUCACUUCACAAAGUUGAAGAGAGAUUUGCUACUCAUUGAGCAGUUAGAAUCCCAAAAGUUCGCUAGUGUUGCUAAGAAACUUCAAGCACACCGUGACAUCCUCAGACUCUUCGAUUCUAUUGUCUCCACUGUUGAACAGCUUAAAGACUUGCCCGGUGUAUACAACGAUGAGGAGAUGUACGAAUCGUUAGAAAACAUGGAGCGUUUCUUUGUUUCCAAGAGAGCAAUUGUCGUGGCCGAUUCUUAUGCACUUGCCAAUAAGCUUCCUGAGGCACUCAAGGUUUACAACCAUCUUUCAAACACCUUUGAGGCAACCUCCGAUUUUUACAAGAUCGAGUCAUUCCCUUACGAAGUAACGAGUAACGACCAGGUGAAAGAGCUUGCGUCUACAAUCCAAACCAACUUGUCCAAGAUUCAUGUCAUGGCACAAUUCCACAGUGAGCAAAACAGCCAGAGUAACCUUGUUGUCGACAAUGUUUUUAAGUUCCCACUGUCCGACGGAUUAGCUAGAAUCACAAACGCUGGAGACAGAGGAGCUAUCAAACCAGUCUUGAGUAAGGCCGUUUUGUUCGAUGUUGCAUUCAACUACAUCAGCUACUCAUCCAGAGCAGAUGAAACAAGUGGAGGCGAACCAACUGAAGAUAAAAAGAAGAGCGGAUUUUUCGGCAUUUUCGGCCGUUAA